AGGAGAGAGGAAACCAUCUGGAAGUUUCUCCCUCACUCUCAAAUACAACUUCAAAACUCAUUAACGCAAAAAAAAGACCAGUUCACAAACAUAGGGAUCGAGGCACAGACAAAACGUGAACACGAAGCCAUGGGGAUGCAAACACACCGCAGGAAGAUGAUGACAUUCCGGGAGAGCCAGCGGAGUUCAAAGGUGAAGCUGGGUGUCAGCAUCGCAUCAUGUGUCCUGCUGAUCCUGGGAGCGCUAGCCGUGGGAGCGUACUUCCUGGCAGAACGAUUAAUUGCAGAGAAGUAUUUUUUCUGCCGGAGCUCUGUGGGCUUUGUCCCCUGGGAGGUGACCUGUGACGGGAGAGCCGACUGCAGGUACGGAGAGGACGAGGCCAACUGUGUGUCCAACGUCACCAGCAACGCCACCUUCCCAGUCCGUCUUGUGAGUGAUAGUUUGGUGCUGCAGGUGUACUCCGCUGGGAGCGGCUGGCGUUAUGUGUGUGCUGAGAACUGGAGAUGGCAACACACCCGACGCACCUGCCGGCAACUAGGCUUCACAGAGAGUCCACGCAGUUCUCAGGUCCCAGUGGACCGUCUGCCUGCCCACCUGCCUAAGACGUUCAGUGGGGUUCAGGCCAAAGCCUCGUCACAUGCUGCAGGCGCUCCCGCAGGUGUAGGACCAAAGAAGUCUUGCUCCUCUGGCUCGGUCAUUGCACUCUCCUGUUCAGACUGUGGGCCGGCGGUGGGUGAGGACCGGAUUGUGGGCGGCAGCGACAGCUUCAUCGAGGAGUGGCCAUGGCAGGCCAGCCUGCAGUGGAGGGGCCAGCACCGCUGUGGGGGCUCGCUAGUCUCCCUUAGAUGGGUCGUGACCGCCGCACACUGCUUCACCAGUCGGACCAGGGAGGUGGACCACUGGCGUGUGGUGCUGGGCAGGACCCAGAUGGGGUCAUCCGGAGGCGUCUCUGUGGACAGAAUCAUCAUUCACAGCAGCUACAAACCCACAUCGAAUGACUACGACAUCGCCUUGAUGCAACUCUCCCAACCUGUGAAGACUACAGACUCUGUGUAUCCAGUGUGUUUGCCCCCCCACUUUCUGCCCUUGAAGACUGGAGAGCCACUCGUGGUGACUGGCUGGGGUCUACUUCGGGAGCAAGGUGAGCUAGCCUCGGUCUUGCAGAAGGCCACCGUUCCUCUGGUUGACGAGCGAACCUGCACCCAACCAUCUGUCUACGGCACCUCCAUCUCACCCAGAAUGCUUUGUGCUGGGUAUAUGAAGGGUGGCGUGGAUUCUUGCCAGGGCGACAGCGGGGGUCCCCUGGUGUACCUGACCUCUCACUGGCAGCUGGUGGGGGUGGUCAGCUGGGGGAUCGGCUGCGCCCGCGACAACCAACCCGGCGUCUACACCAACGUCAGCACAGUGCUCGAGUGGAUCCACACACUCAUCCAAAAUGCUUGACAAACACCAGAAUUGGUAUAUCAAAGUCAUUCCUUCAAAACAUCAGGUGAUCAUAUCUAAAGGAUAAAUAUAUUCAUCGCCAUCAUGCUGUUGGGCACCAUCACUAAACGUCCUGCCAAAUGUGUUGUCUUUAAGUCAUACUGUCAUCAGCAUAGUUAUCCCACUUUCAUCUAGUUAUCUGAAGAAUAUUGUUUCAUGUUCAGACUUUCUCUUUGCACGUACUGUACACUACUAAAUGUACGGGUCUUUUUUUAAUGUUUACACACAUAGAAAGAAAGAAAGAAACAAACAAACAAAAAAAACAGUGACACCAUCUUUUGUAUUUUAUCCAAAACUUUUAUUUCUUAAGCUUUUGUAAUAAAGAAAAUAUAAUUGA